GUGCUCUCAUGCCGAGACUCCAAAUUGCAUGCCCGGCAUGCACCUAACGAUUAUCUACUAUAAGACACCUCAUCUUGCAGCCAAAGCCCGGUUAGCUCAGUCGGUAGAGCAUCAGACUUUUAAUCUGAGGGUCGCGGGUUCGAGUCCCUCAUCGGGCGGGAGCAAUUUUUUUUUUUUAAUUUCUCGGAGUUUUUUUUAUGUCAUGAAUGUUAUUUUUCCGGUGUUAUUCCAAGUGCCACGAAAAAUUCGACUCCAUACGAAGAAACACUACCGAGAGUCAACUCACUGAAAGCCAAAAUAAAGGCUUGCCAAGAAAACAGUCCCAUAUGGUUACAUUCGCGUGAGUACGAGUGCGCGGAGUGCGGUACCGUAAUACUGAUACGUAUACGGUACGGUACCAUCAUAACAACAAACGCAGACGUUCAGCAACUGUCUGUCGACGUGGACUGCUCAUUUAUGGAUGAUGAAUUGCAGAAUUCAGUGAAUUAUAUACAAGAUACAGACCUUCAGAAUCGCCGUAACAUAAAGAAAUUGAUGCAUCAUGGCAACAAAAGGAGACAGAGACCAACCAGCUGGUCAGAUGUUUGGAAGCAGAAAACAUGAGCUAAAGCUUGGAAAAAGCUUUCAAGAGGACAACAGUUGUGGAUUUCAUACUAUAAGAUAUGAUUUCAAACCAGCAUCAGUUGAUCAUUCUCGAGAGGCGGCUUUAGAUGUCGGAGAGAGCAAUGAAGUCAAUAUUACAUUUCCAAAUGUAGAGAACAAAGGUAGCACAGUAUUUGGUGGUUCUAAGAAACCAUACCAGAAAGAAUGUGUGUUAAUCUUUGAUCAUCGCACUGGUGAGUUUACACUAGAACGUCUCAGCUGUAACAUUCAAGUCAAGAGGCAGAGACAAGAGGGAACAAGCAAAGCUCAGAUGGCCCCAAGAACCCAACAAACAUCCUCCAAGAGUUCACCCAACCCUAGAUCAAACAGCCAGGUUAACAAGAAAAAGGACACUCCGAUUCACUCACCAGCAUCAGAAAGAAAAGUUGAGCGAUCACCAGCACCCCAACCAUCCCCCUUGGCCAUUUCAGAGCCUUCCCCUGCUGCUCCAGCCAGUGUACCUAGCAUCAUUGACAAAGAUGCUGACUCAUCAGAUAGUUAUAUGUCAGCCAGUGACAGUGAUGAUGAUAGUGGUAGUAGUAGCAGCGGGAGCAGCUCUAGCGACAACGAUGAUGAUGAUGAUAGGGAUACAGAGACGAAGAGGAAUGAACGAACAACAGUUUCUAGUAAAUUUUCACCAUCUCAACCAAGCCCCGCUUCAAGAUUAAUGAACGUCAGCCCUCAAAUAUUAACACUUAGUCAAGAUCUUCAGUUAAGUGAAUCUGGUAGUGACAGUGACAGUGACUGAUUCAUGGAAUUAUUUAUCAGAGAGAUCUAUCGGCUUCCAUUAAAUGUGCAAUUAUUCUUAUCAUGUUUUUGUUUAAUAGUCAAGUCCACCCCCAACAAGAAGCUGAUUUGUAGAAAAAUAGAAAAUCAAUUUAAAGUAAUAUACAAAAAAAAAAUUUCUUUGAAAUAAGAAUUUUAUGACAUUUCAAACUUUGCUUAGUUUUAUAAAGUAGUGAUAUGUACAUCAUGGGCAGUAUGCUAAUUAGGGAACUCAUGGCAUCAUAUAGUUGCAUUUCAUCAAUUGAAAAAUGAAUAAUUUUAAUUUUACCCUCGAGUGAUGUAAAACUAUUUUUCUUUCCUCAUGGAAGAUAUAAAAUCAUUAUGAUGUGGUAAAGAUCAUCUUCUUCAUCAGUCAAUCAAAUAUGAAAACUUAAAAAUAAAAAGAAGUAGUGUGUAGGUGAAAUCAUAGGGUUCCAUUUUUUGACCAGGGACCCAUUGUAUAAAUACUUUUAUCAUUGCAAGUCAUUCUGGGACCCAUUGCACAAAACUUUUGCCAUAAAAAACAAAAACAAAAUCAUGCCAUUGAAAAUUACACAUAAAAAAAUAGUUUUUUAUGGCAAAAGUUUUAUGCAACAGGUCCCUGGAUGGUCAACUUCCAUGAAAACAGUGAAAAUUCUGCUAUUUGCUUAGCUCUUCCAAGAAAAGGUGAUAUUGCAAUAAGCGUUGCUUUCAUAACAACUUUAUAUGAAAUGAGACUCAGGUUGUUAUGUUAUUGGCAACAAGCAAAACUUUCAUACAUGCAGUCGAUUU